CCGAUAACACCUAUGAAAUUUAGAUUGUAAAUACACAUAUCUUCUUUCCCUUUAACUAUACCAGCCUAUAAAUACCAUAAAUAGUACUCUCUACUUGGCGAGUAGUAGCUUUACUAAAACCAUAAUAAGUGGGCCCGCUGCCUUCCUCCAGUCAAAGGGAUAACACUUUCCUUCGUCUUACAUUCAUCGCAAAUUAAGAUAUGCCUACCUCUGCGUCCUAGCAGUCUUCUUAAUUUUUCUUUACAACUUUACUUUUAACAUUCAAAUAUUUCUACGAGCCAACUUCAAUGUGAUUUCUUCCAAGAUCACUAUUCUCGAUGAAGACAGGCCCUGUCGUUGGCCUGUCGCUACUUCUCAACCUACGAAUUGAAUCUUCCCCCAUAGAUACAUUUACAGCAUUAAAAUCCCCUUGUUACACCAACCAACACCAUGGAUACGUCGUGGACUAGCAAAUACAUUCCAGCUGGGUGUCUCAAAAUACCUGCAGAUACUGGCAAUCUCUCAUUGCUUGGAAGUUUUGCCUCGUCUAAGUGGGAGUUCUUCGCUCGCUAUCCGGAUGAAUUUCCCGCGCAAGAUUGUCUUCCAGCCCAGCUGCAGAACACACUUUUAAAGCAGAUUUUUUUACAACCUUUCAUCGGAUUAUGGACAAAUCGAUGGAUUCAGAUGUCUUUUUGUCAAAUUUCCGAACUAGAGAAUAUGGGGCGCCUUCGAAUUUACAUACUACCUCAAGAUGUAGACAGAAGUGUCAUGAUCGUCAACAAUGACUUAACUAGAGCUAAUUUAGCCUUACUAUCUCAACUAGAUUACUCGUCGGACUGUUGGAGCGGCGCAACCAGAACCAUCUACCAAGGUCACCCAGCACCAUGUACUCAAGAUCUACCCGAGGACGAUGGAUCGCUUUUGUCCAUGUUUAACAACAUUCCUUCACCAGAUCCUCACUCAGGCUUAGAGACGAACCCAGACACCCGUGAUGGGAUGGAAUGCUUACUGCAGAGUGAUAUUCCUGGCAUAACUACGAAACUAUACCCCUACCAAGGCAGAUCGGCUGCACUCAUGCUUCAACGCGAGGAAAAUCCUAAGAGGAUUAUUGACCCUCGAUUUCAGUCAGUGCUUGACCAAGAUGGGAAAACUUGGUAUUACGACAACGUCUCAGGUAUUGUCUUAAGGGAACCACGGUACUACGACGGAGUCCGUGGUGGAAUCCUUGCAGAAGAGAUGGGUACGGGAAAGACCCUCAUCUGCUUAUCUCUGAUUAUCAGCACCAAGGGCGAGCCUAGCAAAGUCCCGGAGCCAUUUGUUGUUGAGACUGACCAAAAGCCCAAUGCAUCCUUAAUGGAUAUGGCAGCAGCAGCAGUCAACAAAAAUUCGAUAGCAUGGAGGCUCUUUUUCGAGGCUUAUGCUAAGAGCGGCCGCGAAUACCGGCACUGCAAGGAGGCCUUGCAGAGACAAGAGAAUCUUGCCAUAUACAAAAUCCGAGAAACCUUGAUAGAGCCACGAAGGAGUAACAGAGCCGUGCCCACUGCCAAAGCACCCAAAACAGUGUACCUCAGCUGCGUCUCGCUCGUUGUAGCUCCCAAUAACCUUGUCAAGCAAUGGCAAGACGAGAUUAAGAAGCACACCACCGGCCUGAAGCUACUUGUUCUUGUAGAGAAGCAAGAAAUCCCAUCAAUCUUUAACUUAUUGACCUAUGACUUGAUUCUCUUUUCUGAGAGUCGCUUCGAGUGGAUCCAGCAAGAGAAGGACUGUUGCCCACUUGAAUACAUUCGGUUCAAGCGUUGCAUCAUAGAUGAAGGUCAUAAGCUAGGCCACAGAACCCGAGGUUGGAAAAGCGAUGUGCUGAGAGUUCUCGACCGCCUUGAAAUAUCUGCACGUUGGGUUGUUACAGGAACCCCUUCAAGAGGAUUGUAUGGUGUAGAGAACACUUCACGCAAUGGCGCCAACGGAACAAUAAAAUCAGCCCCACCCCAGGAACGACAAGACCUGCAAAGAAUUGGCAAUAUUGCUACUAAGUAUCUCAGAGUUCGGCCAUGGGUUAAUACGAAGGAUGAGAUCGGCGACAGUGUGGCUGAUUGGAAUGUGUAUGUCAUGAACAAAAACCAGCAUACCAAGGGUCACAAUCGCAAAGACUGUUUGAGGACAACUCUCAAUUCACUUAUCGUCCGUCAUAGGCUCUCAGAUGUCAGCACACUUCUACCUCCAGUAGAAGAAAAGAUCGUGCUUCUCGAUGGAUCCUUCCAGGAUAAGCUGUCUCUGAAUCUCUUCUCCAUGAUGGUCAUCUUCAACUCAGUACAGUCGCAGCGCACCGAUAUGGAUUACUUCUUCCAUUACAGACAGCGCAAGAGUCUUAUUCGACUCGUUAAUAACUUAAGACAAGCUUGCUUCUUCGGUGGCGUGUUCUACUCCGUCAGCGACAUAAAUCAAUCUUUACGGACCGCGGAACAGUUUCUCUGGAAAAAGGAAAUCCCAAUUAGUGACGAGGACGAAGAACUUCUUAAACAAGCAAUUGCAUUUGGCAAAUUUGCUGUAAAGAAUAAAUUGAAGGCCGUCAGCUACGAAUUCCACGCGAUGCCAUUGUACGUAGAAAACUUUCCCGGGGGUAAUGGGAAGAGUUGGUCUCUUGAUUUUCAGGAGGUUGAAAGUCCGGGUCAACCUAUCUGUACCGAUGCUGGGAUGAUCCUUGCGCUCCAGAAGUAUCUAAACCCCUGGAUUGAUGCCCCAACAUCCUUGCAGACAAUAAUAUCGAGCAGCAUGCUCGAUCGACAAGGUAUGGCUGAGCGUUCUCAAGCCUUAACUUUGGCGAUGUCAGCUGAGAUUGGGCGAUCUUCAAACCUGCACUUAGCUGGCAAUAUUUCUCUCAGCGACGACCAUAACACAAAGCCGAAAUCGGGGAACUUGGAAAAGGUAACAUCGUCACCCACUAAGAGCUAUCAAGGGAACGCUGAAAACUCGGAGAGUCCCGUUGAGAUUGCUGAACCUCUGAAGAAAACUAAGAUCAUCUCGACCGUCUCGGCCAAGUUAUCCUAUCUCAUUGACUCCAUCGUCAAGUACCAAGAUAAGGAGCAAAUCAUCAUCUUCUACGACAAUGACAACAUUGCAUAUUAUUUAGCUGGGGUGCUUGAAAUUCUGCAAAUCCAACAUCUGAUUUACUCAAGAGCUGGUCUUACCUCAGAAAGACGAGCGCAAUACGUUGCUACUUUCACACAUAACCAGGAAUUUCGGGUCUUGUUGAUGGAUAUAACACAAGCAGCUUUCGGCCUCGACAUGCGCAGUGCUUCGCGCAUUUACUUCAUUAGCCCUGUCCUGAAUCCACAAGUUCAAGCCCAGGCUAUCGGAAGAGCGCGACGCAUUAGUCAGCAAAAACCAGUAUCUGUCGAGACCCUCGUCUUGCGCAACAGUAUCGAGGAAAUUAUUGUCAACCGUCGUAAACAGAUGACGCAUGCUGAACAAGUCAAGGUCAAGUCUAUCAUAGACGACCAUUUGAUAUACCAAUGGAUUUUGAAUGCGAAGAUCAUGCCGAUGUCUGACGAAAAAGACGGCGUCGCGCAGACCUCGAUGCUUAAAACCCCACAAUUCGUCUUCGGUAGAGGAUUUGGCCGAGAAUUUGACCCUGAUGAAGGAUUGAUCACAGACACUCCCGUUCCAUUUGAGGAAACUAGAGGCCAGAAGAGAUCAAACUCAGAGAUUUCGGCAGUCGACGAUAAUGACCUUGACUCUCAGACACUGCUUAGAAAACGCGUUCGAAUAUGCAUCUAA